UCACCAGAUCACGUGGUCGCCUGGGAGCGGACGGGUCGCUUUCGCCCUGGACUAGCUCCAGAAGCUGCGGAGUCCAACGCAGGUCGCCUGUGGGGUCCUGUACCGGGGGUCGCUGCCACAGCUACCAGCGUUCGCUCCGAAGCCGAGCGUUUCUCACCCGCUAUAUAAUGAAUUCCAAUAUGAAGCAGAAAGAGGAGAUCGAGGAGAAUGUCAAGAAUAGUCCCUUCUCAAGAAGAACUCUGAAGAUGAUUCAGCCGUCUGCAGCUGGACCUCUUGUUGGAAGAGAAAAUGAGUUACCUAAAGACUUAUCCAAAAAGAAACACUGGAAUGACCAGUUAACAUCUAAGACUUCCAGCUCCAGAGUCCCAGAAUCUAGUGAAAAUAAAAACACUGAAGGAGCCACUCAAGAAGCAUUUGAUCUUAUGAUUAAAGAAAAUCCAUCCUCUCAAUAUUGGAAAGAAGUGGCAGAAAAACGGAGGAAAGCUCUCUAUGAAGCACUUAAGGAAAAUGAGAAACUUCAUAAAGAAAUUGAACAAAAGGACAAUGAAAUUGCCCGCCUGAAAAAGGAGAAUAAAGAAUUGGCGGAAGUAGCAGAACACGUACAGUAUAUGGCAGAGGUAAUAGAGAGGCUGAGUAAUGAACCUCUGGAGAGCUUUGAAUCACCAGAUAGUCAGGAGUUUGACUCUGAAGAGGAAACUGUUGAGGAUUCUGAAGUGGAAAACUCAGAAGCUGGUACAGGUGCUGAAGAAACUGUAUCUUCCUCUACAGAUACAAAACCAUGUAUAUGAAAUUCAUUAGUAUUUGACUCUUAACAUACUACCAAGGUUUACCUCCACUCUCAUUCUUUGUAGCAGAGUAAAGAACUACAUAAUGCAAAUGCAACCAUCAAAUUUCCUCAUUUGGAUCCUGGGACACUAUUUUGUAUUAAAAUACAACUAGCAUGUAUUUUUAAUCUGUUGUUUUAUGUAAAUAGCAUUUUCAUUUUCUCAGUUGUCAGAAAUAACUUGUAUAUUUGAUUAAAUAAACUUGGUUUUCCUAUUGCUUAUUAU